AUGAUUAGCCUCUAUCGAACUUUUCAUAAAUUUUACCAAGAAAGUUCAUUAUUUAGGUAUGCUCUACAUUAUUAUGUUGUGCCAAAUAACCAGCACAUUGAGAAUCAAAAGAAAAUGAUUUUAAAAGCAAAAUCAAAAGGAAUAGGAACUUUUAUUAGUGAAUAUGGCGAUGCUGAUGUUAAUCUUCCUGCUCCGCUUAAACCCAAUGAGAUGAAAUCUUUUUGGGCCUUUAUGGAUCAAAACAAACUUUCCUACUGCAAAUGGUCACUAUCUAACAAAGAUGAAGUCUACUCCUUGGUGCUGCCUUAUUGUACCCCUGAUCAGGCAAACCAAGAAAAAUGUCUCAGUCCCUCUGGAAAAUUGCUUCGCGGUCAUAUGAAAAAUCAAAGGAAUGGUAGCUGUUGUGUUAAUUUAUUAAUAAAUUCCGUUCAAAUUUUAGGUAUCACAGGCUGUUGA